AUGACUCCCGAAGCGAAACCGCUCCUGGGAGGCGAGUCCUCCAGCCCGUCAGCCCACCGCGGCUUCAAAGCCCAAUACCCCGAAAACACCCUCCUCGCCUUUCGCACCGCGCUCGACGAGGCAGGCGCUCACGCCCUCGAGACGGACCUGCACCUCUCGCGCGACGGCGUCGUCGUGCUCUCCCACGACGGGACCCUGAAGCGGUGUUUUGGGAUCGAGGACAAGAAGAUCAACGAGUGCGAUUGGGACUAUCUAAAGACGCUCGAGACGGUCAGGGAGCCGAGGCAGAGGAUGCCGAGGCUGGAGGAUCUGUUGGGGUUGUUGGCGGAGGAGGGGAGGGGGGGGGGUUGGGUUUUGCUUGAUAUCAAGACCGACGAUCCCCCAGCAGAACUCCUCGGCCGUGUAGCCGACGUUCUGGCCUCCACGCCGGGCCCCGUGCCGUGGAACGAGAGGAUAGUAUUCGGAUGCUGGAACCAACCCUACAUCACCCACGUCCGCACGAUCCUUCCCAACUACCCAAUCUCCCUCAUCUCCUGGUCCCCGCUCUACGCCCGCAACUUCCUCACGCCGAAACAGCCGAACCUCUCCUUCAACAUGUUUCAAAAGUCCCUCGUCGGGCCCGUCGGCAAGUUAUUCAUCAGGGACGUGAAGAAGAACCAUCGCCAGCUGUUCGUCUGGACGGUCAAUGACGAGGAGUGGAUGGAGUGGAGUAUCCGCGCGGGAGCGGACGGUGUGAUUACGGAUGAUCCAGAGUUGUUUCGGGAGGUUUGUAAGCGGUGGGAGGGGACUGGGUUACCUGCGUCUACGUCGUCCACGACGUCCACGACGGCCUCGGCUUCGUCGAGAGAGCGUGCGUUACUGGGAGAGCAGCGUAGUGAGACGGCAGACGAGGAGGACGAAAAGGCGAGGGUGGCUAGGCGGACGGGCCGGGUGCGCGACGGGACGUGGAAGAGGACUGCGAGGUUGUAUCUCGAGGUGGCGGGGAUCCAGGUCCUUGUUGCGGUGUUUACGCCCAUUCUGAUGCUCGUCGCGCGGUUCGGGGUUGUGGGGCCGGGUCCGAAAGCCGCCAAGGCGUUGAAGUUGUGA